AUGUUGGGGACACCGGGUGCUGCGGUGCGGAGCAUCCGUCCCUACCAGUCCAGCGAGCAGUACCUCUACGCCAUGAAGGAGGACUUGGCUGAGUGGCUGAAGGAGCUGUACGACCUAGACAUUGAGGUGGGCACCUUCAUGGAAGUGCUGGAGACGGGGGCCGUGCUCUGCUCCCAUGCCAACAACGUCACCCACGUGGCCGGGGAGUUUGCCCGCACCUGCCCUGGCGUGGCCCGCCACCUCCGCCUGCCCGCCACCGGCGUCGCUUGCAACCUGACGGCACAGCCGGGCACCUUCCAGGCCAGGGACAACGUCUCCAACUUCAUCCAGUGGUGCAGGAAGGAGAUGAAUAUUAAAGACGUCCUCAUGUUCGAGACGGAGGACUUGGUGCUGAGGAAGAACGAGAAGAACUUCGUGCUGUGCCUGCUGGAGCUGGCGCGCCGUGCUGCCCGCUUUGGCAUGCGCGCCCCGACCCUUGUGCAGAUGGAGGAGGAGAUCGAGGAGGAGCUCCGCCAGGAGCUGGACCUGCCGCCCAUGGACACCCCCCUGCCCCGGCCCCCCAGGAAACCACGGGACCUCCACAACCUCGACCAGAUGGUCCAGCACCUGGUGAGCCGCUGUACCUGCCCUGUCCAGUUCCCCAUGAUCAAGAUAUCCGAAGGGAAAUACCGCGUGGGCAACUCUGACACCCUCAUCUUUGUCCGGAUCCUGCGGGAGCACAUCAUGGUGCGGGUCGGGGGCGGCUGGGACACGCUGGAGCACUACCUGGACAAACACGACCCGUGCCGCUGCACCUCGCUCUCUCACAAACAAGCCUUGAAAACCAGGAGCCCCCAGCAGCAAGUGCAGCAUGAGAUCCGGCUGUGCCCAGCAUCGAAGGCAGCCGCCCGCGGCCUGCCCCAGCCCGCGCUGCUGGUCAGCCGCUCGCAGAGCCCUCUGCCCCCCGUCACCUGGGGGUCCCGCAUCCCCCCUGGCCCCCGGCCCCCUGCCACCCCCUCGUUGGACGGCUCGGGUCGCCCACCGGGUGCCAGCCCUCGCCAGGAGCCGGGACAGCCCCGGAGGGUCCCUUCGGGCAGGAUGCGGGAGCCACCAGCCGCCCCGUCGGGGAGGCAGCCUCCACCUUCCAGGUCUCCCGCUCGACCCAGGUCCCCGGGCUGUGGGGCGACUCUCCGGGCAUCCACCCCAUCCCGGCUGCCCCGCAGCGUGCAGGGCAGUGUGGGGGUCCCCGAGACGCGGCGUGGGAGUACACCGGGGAAAAUCUCUGCGGCACCGGCACGGGGCAGGUCAACGGCACCCAGGACCCAGCUGGCAACAGCACCUCCAAAAAGCACCCAGCAAGGAGGCAAAUCGUCCAUGGUGGCUGCCAGAGCGCAGGAAGGGGGGGUCCCCACCGCAGCGGCACCCCGUGCCCCCAGCCCCAUCAAGGUCUGUGCCCCAUCCCCACACCGGGAUGCCCAGGGAGACUCACAGAGCUGGAAAAGCCCACGGGAAGGGAGCCGGGCAGCCCUUGGCCGGGGCCAACCACCAUCACCCCGAAAUUCCUCCAGCCAGCCUCUGAAACAGGACAGCAGCAUUAAACGCCCUGUCAAAGCCAGCCCGGCCAGCUGCCAGCCCCCCACCCCUCCAGCCCAUUUUGCAGAUGGGUGCAAGGGCUGUGCUGCUGGGGGGGUUCCCCAGGGCCCCCAGGGCCCCCAGCAGUGCCACCCACCCCCAAGCCCAAGGGCUGGGGGUGUCGAGGGUAUUGGGGUGCCAGCAGAUGAGCCGGGGGGAGCCUGUAGCCCUGGGCAGGGGUGCGAGGGGCUCCAGGGGUGCUGGGGACAUGUGCAGCCCCCCGGCUACGGCAGGGUGGUGGAAGAGCUCUCUCGUGGGCGGCACCCCCUGCGCCCCGUGGGGCUGGGGAGCUGGGUCCCCAAAACACACCUGCGAGCCACCCCGCAGCCCACCACCCUCCCGGCCGGGGUGGAGGUGGAGGGACCGGGAGUGGGGGGCCAGACCCCGCAGGGAGCCAGGGCCAGCAACGUCCCCAAGCCCCGACGGUGCCUGAAGAAACCCGAGCGCGUGCCCUCCAUCUACAAGCUGAAGCUGCGGCCCAAGGUGCGUCCCCGGCGGGACCACAGGCCUGGCAAGCGCCCCUCGCGCAUCCCCACCCCACUGGGGCAACGGCCAUCUGCCCCCCGGGGCCAGCAUCGACCCCCUGGACCCCCCCGGCACCCCCAGCCCAGCAGCAUGCACCCCGGGGCCAAGCCCUCACUGGCCGACAGCAGUGCCUGGCUGACCGAGGACGACGAGGAGGCUUGGGUCUGA